AUGACGUCCAUUGAUUCGAUAAUCAGUAAUGAAAGAUCAUUAUCUUCACCAUCUACAUUUCCAAUAACAUCAGCGUCAUCACCUUCACCAUCCAUCGAGAAAACAACAUCGAACCAACAUAAACCAAUGUUAUACAUUAAAGGAUAUUACUAUCAGUUGAAAGAUUUUAAGAAAAAUAAAAAGAUUAAAUUUUGGCGUUGUGCUAAGAGUGAUUGUGGUGUUCUUUUACAUACAAAUCUCAAGGAUGAAUUUAUACGUUAUUCUGGAAAAAAUACUGAUUAUAAACAUCUUCCGAAUCCUACUGCAUUAGGAACGCGUGAUCUUAAAUUAAAAAUGCGACAAAGAGCUGAAACAGAAUUAACACCAUUACAACAAAUUGCUGAACAAGAACUUCGAAAUGGCUUAUUAACAAGUGAUGCACUGGCUAAUUUACCAAAUAUUUUUGAACUUGGUAUAGUACAAAGCCGUAUAUGGGUGAUGAAUGUACUUAAUGUACUUUUUUCUCUUUCUAGGUCGUGGUUUAAGUCAUAUUCGACAAAAAAUCUUCCUUCAACACCAAAUUCAUCAUCUUUUGUCAUACCAGAUAAAUAUACAAGAGAUCAUCUUGACCGUGAUCGUUUACUAUUGCAUGAUAGUGCAAAUCCACAGUUUCAAUUUGAUUCAUCAGAAGAUAUAAAAAUAUCAGGAAGAAUUUUAAUUUGGUCAUCUGAUAUCCAACUUAACUUAUUAUUUAACAGUGAAAGAUUACAUAUGGAUGGCACAUUUGCAACUUCACCACCAGAUUUUUCUCAAGUUUUUAUCAUACAAACGAUUCGUCAUGAAUCUUGUACGCCCGUCGUUUAUGCACUUCUUCCUGGUCAAAAAACAAGUUAUUUAUACUUAUUUAAUGCCUUAUUUCAUCAUGCUCAAAUAUUUAAUAAAACGUUAGAUCCUGUGAACAUAAUGACUGAUUUUGAACCAGGUCUUACCAAGGCAGUUUCAAUCCAGACGAUUUUCAGACAUGUUCAAUCACAAGGUUUAUCGACAACUUAUCUGAAUAAUAUUAUGGCCCGAAAUGUGGUUAAACAAACAAUGACUUUAGCAUUAGUAUCUCCAUCACAUGUUCAAUUAUUAUUUAAUGAACUUGGUCAAGAAUUAAAUGAUGAUGAACGUAAUGAAAUUUUGGAUUUAUUGCUGUAUUUCAAGAACUAUUGGAUGCGUCAGAUAUCGAUAUGGAAUGUUUAUGAAAUACCUGAUCGAACAAACUAUUAUAGUGAAGGUUACAACAACAGAUUUAAAAAACGUCUACAGAAAACUCACCCGAAUAUAUGGCAUUUCAUUGAUUCAAUUCGAGAAGAAGUCCAUACUAUUCAUGAUUCAAUUCAACAAAUUAAUAGUGGGAUGCCGCCUCGAACGAAUAGAUCUCAAACAAGGACAUCUGAACGACGUAUCAAAGAACUUUAUUGUUGA